AUGGAUGAAUCAAAGGCUGUAGGAACACCGUUGGCGGCUCACUUUAAAUUGUCCAAGGAACAAUCACCCAAGAGCGAAAAACAGAAAGAAUAUAUGAAGAAUGUACCUUAUGCAUCGGCAGUUGGAUGCUUAAUGUAUGCUAUGGUGUGUACUAGACCCAAUAUUGCUCAUGCAGUUGGAGUUGUGAGUAGGUACACGAGUAAUCCAGGAAAGCAACAUUGGGAGGCUGUGAAGUGGAUCAUGAGGUAUCUUCGGGGUACUACUGAUAUGUCUCUUUGUUUCAAGAGAGGUAGUGCUGAACUACAAGGAUAUGUUGAUGCAGACUUGGCAGGAGAUUAUGAUACUUGUCGGAGUACUACUGGUUAUGUGUACACUGUGGGUGGUGCUGCAGUAUCUUGGGUCUCAAAUUUGCAAGGGCAAGUGGCCCUGUCUACAACGGAGUCCGAGUAUGUAGCAGUCUCAGAGGCUGGUAAGGAGAUGGUGUGGCUAAAGGGUCUGUUGGAGGAAUUAGGUAAAAAGCAAGAGAAUUGUGCAUUAUACAGUGAUAGUCAAAGUGCAAUUCACUUGGCAAAGAACCCUGCUUUUCAUUCAAGGACUAAACACAUUCCUAUGAAGGUAUCUUCUGGUUCUUGGCUUGAGUCGCAAUCUGAUAUAAGUGGCCAUGAUCUUGUCGGCAUGGAAGCUUUCCGAAAUAGUUUAGGUCCUAACACUCUGGGAUGGUCCGGCUCCGAUUACUGUAAUUGGACCGGGGUAAUUUGUAACGAGGACAAUAGGGUCUCGUUCAUUACUAUCCGCAAAAAGAACCUAACUGGUUCGAUCCCAGCUUCUAUCGGAAAUAUCAAGUAUCUUAAGACAUUUGAUGUUUCCGAGAAUCAAUUAACUGGCCCCCUUCCGAGAUUUCGUGAUUUGCAAUUAUUGGAGCGGCUUUUAGCCAACAACAAUAAUUUCACUUCAAUCCCAGUAGAUUUCUUCUCAUCCGAUUUACCCACCUUGUUUUCUAUUGAUAUUAGUCACAACCCCUUUGCACCUUGGCGCAUUCUAGGCGCUGCUAGGGAGCUAGGGUUUUUUUCGGCCACGAACGCCAAUAUUAUAGGAAACCUGGACGCCUUUAGCCGCAUCAACUUUCCUAGUUUGGUGAAUUUAGACCUUUCUUACAACCAUGUCACUGGUACUGUACCAUAUGAAUUCACACAACUGCCUCAACUUAAGUACUUAGAUUUAUCGAACAAUUUACUUAGUGGUAAAGUACCUGAGUUUAGGGCAAAUGUUACUGUGAGGUUAGAGGGUAACUCUGUCAUGUCAUCGAGUUCCACUAGAAAGAUGAGUGCUAGGGUGCUUGUUGUAGUUCUGAUUGGGGCUACAACUGGACUAGUGCUUGUACUAGGACUUGUUGUUUUCUUCUUUAGGAGGAAACCCGGUGUUGUCCAACUCGAGGCUUCUAACACUCGAUCUACUGCUCCCGGCGAUAUUGAUGUUCCUGCUAUGGAUAGGAUUAGUAUUUCAGUUGAUGUAGUGAGGCACGCGACCAACAAUUUCAGCCGAGAUAAUUUAUUAGGGGAAGGGGGUUUUUCUAGUGUUUUUAGAGCGGAAAUAGAUGGGAAAAUAGUUGCAGUGAAAAUGAUGGGUAGAAUAAAAUUCGGUAGGGUAGCUGAUGAGGCAAUAAGGUCGUUUGAGCGUGAGGUUCACGUCCUCACCAAAGUGCGACAUACCAACUUGGUUGCACUUCUAGGAUACUGUUGGGACUCAGAAAUUAUGAUACUGGUCUACGACUACAUGCCUCAAGGGAAUCUAGGAAGGCAUCUUUUUCACUGGAGAGAUGAAGGGCUCCAACCCCUUGCUUGGGCCACAAGACUCAAUAUUGCCUAUGAUGUUUCAAGAGGGGUUGAAUAUCUCCACCAGUUUGCGAACCAGACAUUUGUUCACAGAGACUUAAAGCCUUCCAACAUUUUACUCACAGACGAUUUGCAUGCCAAAGUAGCUGACUUUGGACUGGUUCGCCCUCUUAGAUACUAUAAUGCCACAACUGAUACCACCCAACCAGGAGGAACCGCCGGUUACAAGGCUCCGGAAUAUGCUUUAUAUAGACAAAUAUCUGCCAAGGCAGAUGUGUUCAGUUUCGGAGUCAUCUUACUGGAGUUGACCACCGGUAAGAGGGCAGUUGAUAAAAGCUUCCCUGAGUCAGAUCCACACCUACCAACUUGGUUCUCCAACCAAGUCAUCAAUAAGGGCAAGGGCGGCAUUGUUUGGGAUGAACUCAAAAGGGUUAUUGACCCCCCUAUAGUUUCUACCGAUCCCAACAUUGUAUCCUCGUUUUUAGAAAUUGCCAAGCUAGCCAUCAGCUGCUGCAACAAAGAUCCCAAUCUGAGGCCCGACAUGACACAUGUUGUCAACAUAAUAGGACCGCUCGUGAAGCCCUGGAAGCCGUCGGAACCUGUUCCUGAAAAUUUGGACCCGGCCGCCGAUGGAACAGACUGGAGCAUUCCUCUCUCCGAAAUGGUCACGUGCUGGGAGCGUGGUGAACCUUCGGGUCAAGCCGGCAAAGUCCAUCUCGACUCUCGACUCAGAGUUCCUAGUUCACCUGAUUAUGAUGGUAUUGACACACAGAUGAGCUUCCAUAUGUCAUUGAGAUUGUAUGGUCUAUAUGCACCUGAAGGCUCGCUUGCUCUGAGGUUUUUCUUCAUUUUGUAA